AUGGAUAAAGAUCAUGAUGAUGAUAACAAUAGCAAAGAACAUGCUGAUGGUGGCGAGAGUGAUAUUAAAGUAGCUGGUUAUCUAAAUCUUGCCGCUGAUUUUGCACAUAACUUCACUGAUGGGCUGGCUAUCGGUGCUUCGUUUCUCGUGAACAGAAACCUGGGGUUAAUUACAACCAUGACAAUCCUGCUACAUGAAGUUCCUCAUGAGAUUGGAGACUUUGCAAUUCUCGUGCAAUCAGGCUGCAGCAAGUACAAAGCAAUGUUCCUACAACUGACCACAGCAACUAGUGCAAUGGCUGGUACCAUUUGCGGUCUUUUGGCCGAAGGCAGCAGUAACUCAGCAACCUUGUGGAUCCUACCUUUUACUGCAGGUGGCUUCAUAUAUAUUGCCACUGUGUCUGUCAUACCUGAUCUUCUUCAAGAAAGCAAACUUUGGCAAUCUAUUAAGGAAGUAAUUGCUCUCUUUGUCGGUGUACUUAUGAUGGUUUUGAUUGCCAAAAUGGAGUAG